UCGCGCGCAAUUACAAAUAUUAAUCUGUAACUGAGAUUCAUUUAGGAGAUUGACAUCUCUCAAUAAAUAUUUUUUUCAUACGCACCAGCUGAAAAUCAAGGCUAAGACUAAACGGUUAAGGAACUCAAAUACCUACGCACAUGUCAUAUUUUAACAGUGACAUGACUUAGAUCAGCCACAAAAUAAGUUGAGAAUUGAGAAAGACAACCAUCCACCAAAUAACCUUCUUCUAUAUUCUUGACAAGAUCAUUUCACCAAACCCCAAUUAAACAAACCUAAUACUUGAAUUCAACUCUUUUUCUUUCCCAAAUGUCUCUCUUUUCUUCCUCUAUAUUUCUACCUCUUUUCUCUUCUCUUUUGCUCACUGAUUUUUUAUUUUUAUUAUUAUUCUGAUUAUUAUUAUUUCUCUUUCUUUUUUUUUCUCUUUUUCUACCAUGCAGCCAUUUCGUCGCAAGACACCUCUUUUCAACUUAGAAACAGGAGUAGCAAUGAAGGGUCGAAAAAACAACAAUUUCUCCAUUUUUGUAGUUGUUUUUUCCAUUUUCCUCUUUGGGAUUUUCAUGUAUAAUGAAGACGUUAAAUCCAUAGCUGAAUUCCCAUUUUCUAGACCAAAAGUUCAACAAACCCAUCAAGAAAAACCAAAAAAGAUUGAGUCUUUACAAAAGGAAAUUACAGAGAAAGUUGUUGUAGAAGAAGAAACAGAAAAUGUUGUUGUUGAUGAUGAUACUAAGAAAAAUGCUGUGGAAGAAACUGUUACUGUUGUGACUACUAAGAAUUCAAGAACUCAACUUGAUAAAAGUGAUGAUGGUGAUGAUGAUUCUGAUGAACCACAAGAAGAACAUGUUGAAUUGAAAAAGAUUGUUAUGACAGAGAAAGAAGAGAAGAUUGAAUUGUUAGAAGAAGAGGAAGAAGAUGAUGAAGAAGUUGAAUUGCCACCUAAAGAUUGUGACUUGUUUAAUGGUAAAUGGGUUUUAGAUAACUUGACACAUCCUUUGUAUAAAGAAGAUGAAUGUGAAUUUCUUACUUCACAAGUUACUUGUAUGAAGAAUGGAAGAAAAGAUUCUUUGUAUCAGAAUUGGAAAUGGCAACCUAGAGAUUGUUCUCUGCCAAAGUUUAAGCCAAGAUUGUUGUUUAAGAAGAUUAGAGGGAAGAGGGUAAUGUUUGUUGGAGAUUCUUUGAAUAGAAAUCAGUGGGAAUCAAUGGUUUGUAUGGUUCAAUCUGUUGUUACUUCGGAUAAGAAGACUUGGUAUAAGACUGGUUCUCUUGCAAUAUUGAAAAUUGAGGAACCAGAGAACAUAAUUACUACUGUGGAAUUCUACUGGUCACCAUUUCUUGUAGAAUCAAAUUCAGAUGAUCCAAAAAUGCACAGCAUAUUAGACCGUAUAAUCAUGCCUGAAUCAAUUGAAAAACAUGGAGUGAAUUGGAAGGAUGCAGAUUAUCUUAUCUUUAACACCUACAUAUGGUGGAUGAACACUUUCAACAUGAAAGUCUUACGAGGAUCAUUUGAUGAAGGGGCCACAGAAUAUGAUGAAGUUCCUAGGCCAGUAGCAUAUGAGAGAGUAAUGAAGACAUGGUCAAAAUGGGUUGAUAACAACAUUAAUCCAAAUAGAACCAAAGUUUUCUUCACUGGCACGUCCCCUCUUCAUAUCAAGAGUGAGGAUUGGAACAACCCAGAUGGUAUAAAAUGUGCUAAAGAAACAACUCCGGUUCUCAACAUGUCGACUCCGUUGAAUGUGGGCACAGAUCGUCGGCUUUUCGUCAUUGCAAACAAUGUGACAAACUCAAUGAAGGUGCCAGUGUACUUCAUUAACAUCACAACCUUAUCAGAGUAUAGAAAAGAUGCACAUACCUCGGUUUACACCAUACGUCAAGGAAAGAUGCUAACACCUGAACAACAAGCUGAUCCAACUAAUUAUGCAGAUUGUAUUCAUUGGUGUUUACCAGGAUUACCAGACAUUUGGAAUGAGUUCCUUUAUGCACAAAUCAUCUCUCAAUCUUGACGAAUAACGUACAGAUACUUCAUACACAAAUACCUUUUCUUUUUUUUACCUAAUUGUUAUUAUUUCUCCUUUUACUUAAGAAGAAAGCUUGUCCUUUUUUCUUCCCUUCACUUCAACGCCUCAACUUUUGUUGUCUCUGUCAGUUUUUGUAAUUUUUGAGUCACUUUUUAUUAGGUUUUUUAGGAGUUGGACAAAUAUUUUUGUUGUUACCCUUUUACUUCCUCGUGUUUACUUGUUAAGCCAAUUUAGCACAGCAAGAACAUAAAUUGUACAAUGAAUCCUUGUUCCUUUAAUGAAGAAAAAAAAAAUAAAGCACCACGGCUUUGUUUAGUUGAUUUUUGUA